AUGUUGGAAGCUAUUGCCUACGCUGCAGCUGAAUUGCUGUUCAAGAGACAAGAUGUUGUUACAGACGGUGACACUACCGAAGUUGACACUCAUGACCACGACGAAGAAGACGAAGAUCAUGUGGAAUGUGAAAGUGAUAACGAUUAUGAUGGUAAAGAUAACAUGCGUGUCUGCGCUCUAUUUAUCAUUUUGAUUUCAGGUGGUCUUGGUUCUUACUUCCCAAUCUUGUCAUCUAGGUACUCUUUCAUUAGACUUCCAGAUUGGUGUUUCUUCAUUGCCAAGUUCUUUGGUUCUGGUGUCAUCGUUGCAACCGGUUUCAUUCAUUUGUUGGAACCAGCUGCCGAUGCGCUUGGUGAGGAAUGUUUAGGUGGUACUUUUGCUGAUUACCCAUGGGCUUUCGGUAUCUGUUUGAUGUCUUUGUUCGCUUUGUUCUUGAGUGAAUGUGUUGCUAGAUACUACACAAACAAGAGUUAUGGUUUCCAAAACGACCACGUUCACUCUCACUUCCCAUCUUCUAAGGACCAAAAAUCCUUGGAAGACGAAGAUGAUGAAGACAGUGAUAAAUACAACCAAGUCGUCGAUGAAGAAAAUGUAUCAUUAACUGUUGCUAACAACAACAACGGUGCUGAAAUUACUGCCACCAACCCUCAUCCAUCCAUGCCAGGUUCUAACCACUUCUCUCAUGAUAAAUCCCACCAGGAUUUGGCUACCAUCGGUACCCCUGCUCAAAUGACUUCAAAGGAAAAAUACCAAAACCAAUUGCUAUCUGUUUUCAUCUUGGAAUUUGGUAUCAUCUUCCACUCUGUCUUUAUCGGUUUGGCCCUUGCUGUGACUGGUAACGAUGAAUUCAAUACUUUGUUCAUUGUCUUGGUUUUCCAUCAAAUGUUCGAAGGUAUGGGUUUGGGUGCUAGAAUUGCUGAAGUUAGUUGGGCUAAAAAACAUAGAUUCACACCAUGGCUAUUGGCCGCCGGUUUCACUUUGACCACUCCUAUCGCUAUUGCUAUUGGUAUUGGUGUGAGACACUCUUACGCUCCAGGUUCCAGAACUGCUUUGAUUGCUAACGGUUGUUUCGAUGCUAUCUCUGCUGGUAUCUUGAUCUACACUGGUUUGGUUGAACUAAUGGCCCAUGAAUUUUUAUAUUCUGACAACUUCAAGGGUGAGAACGGCUUGAAGAAGAUGUUGUGGGCCUUCUUCACUAUGUGUUGGGGUGCUGGUUUGAUGGCCUUGCUAGGUAAAUGGGCUUAA